CUCUCUCUUCUUCUCCUUAUCUGGUCUUGCGAUCCACGCUAGGGAGGGAGAAGAGUCUCUCUUCUCUUCUAAUCGAAACCUUUUUUUAUCUUCCAACUUUUUUUAUCUCUUCUAAUCGUCUCUUCUCUUCGAUUUUUGUGCGUCUUUUGAGAAUUUUUUUGGGUUAUGUACGAUUUUUAUGUGGCAGAUAUUGUAUUUUUAUUAAAAAAAAUCGGAACUGUUUGGUGGAUUCUUGUGGAACGCAUAUGCGGUGGUGCGAAGGCCAAGAGAGAGGCAUGACAUUCUGACGAUCACCCGUUCCUCUUCUUCUACCUACCGCUCGUCUGCCCUUCUUUUUCUUGUCUAUCUCUCACUCUUCCUCUAAUCCCCAUACCGAGUGGUCUUUUUCUCUUUGUUACCUCAUCGUUUUGUCUUCUUUCCUGUUUUUAGCAAUCAAGUAUUACUUUCAUGUGCAGGAAACAGACGUGUUUUUUACGCUUUUUUUGACUUCUAAAAUUUCUCCCAUUUUUUCUGGUCAUUUCUUCAUCUUCUUGCUGAUUAUUUUCUUACCUGUUUUAUGAGUUUGGGCAUUUUUCUUGUGGGCCGAAACCUUUUUUUUUUUCUGGAAAAAAAAUACGAUCUUUAUUCGUUAUCGAUCUUUUUUUUUUUUUUCUUCUUCUUUGGGUCGUAGGUUUUUUUCCCUUUUUUUUGGGGAUGUCCAGAAAAAAAUUCUUUUGUUUGAAAAAAGAAUUUUUGGGAAUUUCAAAGGCCUCUUCACUAUUUUGGACGGCAUAGAGAGAGAGAGAGAGUUUGGAGAAACAUGACAUUCUUUCGAUCACCGGCUUCUUUCCUACCAUCCACCCUUCUCAUUUUCUUUCUGCUACCCGUCUCCUUUUUUUGGUGUCUUCUUACCUAAUUGUAAGGUGGAAGAGGGGAAGAUGGCUUGGUUAUGUGGAGGUCUCUUGCUGAGAAUUCGUCAUUUUCAUCUUGGCUACAGACACGAGCGGCCCAAUGUAUUUGGAAGCCUAAGUGGGCCUUCUUUGAGCCCGGGGCCUUAGGCGACCGCCUCAGCUGCCUAAGAGUUGGGCCGACCCUGGCUGCAGAGAGGACAAAUAGGAAGGACCCUUUGAAUGGAAUUAUGGACACAAACAUUACACCGGUGGUUGGAAUAUCAGUAAUAAUCACUACUGGGCUCUCCCUUGUUUGCCCUUGCUUUGAUCUGGUUCCUGGGAUUUGGUUUGGUUUUAUUGCUCAUAUGUUGCUGCUGUUGCUGCCGCUGAUGUCGGAGUUAUUCCUAUUCUCGCACGGCAUAUGCUCUCUCGCUUAUUUUGCUCAUACUAUUUACCUGUGCUGCAAUGAGACAUAUCUGGCCGCCCAAGAAGUACACUCUCUAACAGUCCUUCGGAUGUCAAGCAGAAGCGGAUGGGUAACAUCGGGCAUUGUCUAAUCCAGCCGAUCUUUAACCGAGUCCGACAGCGGGUAAGUGUGAAAUAGGUAACUAUAGAAGCCACGACAGAGUCUCACCGAGCUCUGUGCUAGCUGUGCUGUGCUGCUGCUGAAACAAGCGCUUAUUUCGCACAUUCCAAACGAGAUAUUGCCAUGCAGGCAGUCACUGCUCGUGCCAACUUCCCUACCAAGGCGUUAGCUAUAAAAUCUUAGCAAUGCCAGCAAGGAAAUUGGUCUGAAGGCCGCGAGUGCUUGGCCUAAGAGGGCCCAACAACUGUCAGCAAAAGCAGAUGUGACAA